GUGUUCCUCGCCGGGGAGGCUUCGUUAGGACGGAGCGGGGAGCCCUGCUCCCUCGGGAGGGUGCAGCUGGGGUCUGCGGCGUGGAGGGAGUUUAUCUGGCGGAGGGGAAAAUCGUCGGGGCUGCCUCUCCGCUGCUGUAGUCAGCGUUCAGAAAGCAGGAGACUUAAAAUUAGCAGGAGGCUUCAGGCGCUCUUGCUUGAACCGGCUGCAGAUCGCAGGGCUCGAUCCGCACUCUUCAGGCGUACGCAGCAGCGUUUUGCAAGUCCGUUUGCUUAUAGUGAUUAACCGCAACUUUUGCGCCGAAGACUUGCGCCCAGGGCUAGCUGAACUGUUGUUCCCCGGCACAGACUGGAAGUCUCGAGUGUUGCAGUUGUACCCGUUCAGUAUUUCUUCCUAAUUUCCUCUUGCACCGCAUUGCCUCACGUUUUUCUGGGCAUGCUCUUUGAGAUCUCCAGCUCUGUGUGGUUUCAUCCAGUUCUUGGGAGUCUUCUUACUUGUCUCAUCCAUAGCAUAUGCUGUUAAUGUCUUAUCCGUGAUCAUUAGUCACUCUUCUGAAACUAAGCUUCGAGGCUAAGCGUUUGACCCAGGCUAACUCUGCUUCCUACGGUGCUUUUAAGCACUUGAACAGCCAGUCAGCUGAAGCUUGGUUGGAACCUGGAGCUACCAAGGUCUGAACCCAGAAGAGCUUGUUUCUUUGGUGGGUGGGUUAUUCCCUGGUUCAGCAAAGGUUUGUCAAGUUUGGAACAAAGCUCGGUGCUAAGUACUGGAGGAAAAGAGCGAGGAUGCAAAGGCAAAUAUGAGUUGAGAUGCUGGAAUUACUUGCUACAUUUGAAGCACUAGAUCUCAUCCCAGUGAACAAGCCAUUCGUGGAGCCGCUUUGGAUUAAAGAUCCUUGCUGAAGGAGCUGGAUGAACACUUUGGGGGAAAAAGGAGACCAGGAAUUCUGGAGUCAGAAGUCAACAGUCAGAGAAGGCCAACGAUGACGAGUUACGAAGGAUGACAGACUGGCCACGCAAGGUUCAGGUGCAAGUCCAUCCCAAGCUUUCCUCUACUGAAGAUGCUUUACAGUAUGUCGAGGAGUUAAUUCUCCAGUUGUUAAAUAUGUUGUGUCAAGCCCAGCCAAGAAGUUUUCUGGAUGUAGAGGAUCGUGUUCAAAAAAGCUUUCCCCAUCCUAUUGAUAAAUGGGCAAUAGCUGAUGCCCAGUCUGCUAUUGAGAAGAGGAAACGAAGAAAUCCGUUGUCUCUCCCGGUAGAAAAAAUCCAUCCUUUAUUAAAGGAAGUUCUAGGCUACAAAAUUGACCACCAAGUAUCUGUUUACAUAGUGGCAGUAUUAGAAUACAUUUCUGCAGACAUCUUAAAAUUGGUUGGGAAUUAUGUGCGGAAUAUAAGGCAUUAUGAGAUUACAAAACAAGAUAUUAAAGUGGCAAUGUGUGCUGAUAAGGUGUUGAUGGAUAUGUUCCAUCAAGAUGUAGAAGAUUUAAGUGCACUAACUUUAUCUGAUGAGGAACCCUCCACCUCAGGGGAGCAAACCUAUUAUGACCUAGUGAAGUCAUUUAUGGCAGAAGUUCGACAAUAUAUAAGGGAACUAAACCUCAUUAUCAGAGUUUUUAGAGAGCCAUAUGCCUCCAAUUCCAAAUUAUUUUCAUCUCAUGAUGUGGAAAAUAUAUUUAGUCGUAUAUCAGACAUUCAUGAACUUAGUGUGAAGUUAUUGGGCCAUAUAGAAGACACUGUUGAAAUGACAGAUGAAGGUAGUCCUCAUCCGUUAGUAGGCAGCUGUUUUGAAGACAUGGCCGAGGAGCUAGCGUUUGAUCCAUACGAAUCAUAUGCACAAGAUAUUUUGCGACCUGGUUUUCAUGAUCAUUUUCUAAGUCAAUUAUCAAAGCCAGGAGCAGCGUUUUAUUUACAGUCGAUAGGUGAAGGCUUUAAAGAAGCUGUUCAAUAUGUUCUACCCCGGCUGCUCCUUGCCCCUGUUUACCACUGUCUUCAUUAUUUUGAACUGCUAAAACAAUUAGAAGAAAAGAGUGAGGAUGAAGAGGAUAAAGAGUGCUUAAAGCAAGCAAUAACUGCCCUACUGAAUCUUCAAAGCAGUAUGGAAAGGAUAUGCUCCAAAAGUCUUGCAAAACGAAGGCUUAGUGAAUCUGCAUGCCGAUUCUAUACUCAGCAGAUGAAGGGGAAACAGCUAGCGAUUAAGAAAAUGAAUGAAAUCCAGAAAAAUAUUGAUGGUUGGGAGGGUAAGGACAUUGGACAAUGCUGUAACGAGUUCAUCAUGGAAGGAACGCUCACACGUGUAGGAGCAAAGCAUGAGAGACACAUAUUUCUGUUUGAUGGCUUGAUGAUUUGCUGUAAGUCAAAUCAUGGCCAGCCAAGACUUCCUGGUGCUAGCAAUGCAGAAUAUCGUCUAAAAGAAAAGUUCUUUAUGCGAAAGGUACAAAUCAACGAUAAGGACGACACUAACGAGUACAGGCAUGCUUUCGAAAUCAUCUUAAAAGAUGAGAACAGUGUUAUUUUUGCUGCUAAAUCGGCUGAGGAGAAAAACAACUGGAUGGCAGCAUUGAUAUCGUUGCAAUACAGAAGCACCCUGGAAAGAAUGUUGGAUGUGACAAUGUUACAGGAGGAAAAAGAGGAGCAGAUGAGAUUUCCAAAUCCUGAGCUUUAUAGGUUUGCAGAACCAGACUCUGAAGAGAAUAUCGUGUUCGAAGAAAACAUGCAGCCCAAGUCUGGAAUCCCUAUCAUCAAGGCUGGGACUGUUGUCAAGCUCAUUGAGAGGCUGACUUACCACAUGUACGCAGACCCCAACUUUGUUAGGACUUUUCUAACGACAUAUAGAUCCUUCUGUAAACCACAAGAGUUGCUGAGUCUGCUGAUAGAAAGAUUUGAAAUUCCAGAGCCUGAGCCAACAGAAGCUGAUCGUAUCGCUAUGGAGAAUGGAGACCAGCCUCUUAGUGCCGAGCUAAAAAGGUUUAGGAAAGAGUACAUACAGCCUGUGCAGCUACGAGUGUUAAAUGUAUGUCGACACUGGGUAGAGCACCACUUCUAUGACUUUGAAAGAGAUGCUGAUCUUCUGCAACGUUUGGAGGAAUUCAUUGGAACAGUAAGAGGCAAAGCAAUGAAGAAAUGGGUUGAAUCAAUCACAAAGAUAAUCAACCGGAAAAAGCAGGCACAAGCCAUUGGGCCGAGUCACAACAUUACUUUUGAAAGCCCACCGCCGGCGAUUGAGUGGCACAUAAGCAAACCAGGACACACAGAGACUUUUGACUUGCUCACUUUGCAUCCAAUAGAAAUUGCUCGGCAGCUCACUUUACUUGAGUCAGAUUUUUACAGGGCUGUGCAGCCAUCUGAACUAGUUGGAAGUGUGUGGACAAAGGAAGAUAAAGAAAUUAAUUCUCCUAACCUUCUCAAAAUGAUAAGGCAUACAACUAACCUCACUUUGUGGUUUGAAAAGUGCAUUGUAGAAACGGAGAACCUAGAGGAAAGAGUAAUUGUAGUGAGCCGGAUAAUUGAGAUCCUGCAAGUUUUUCAAGAGCUAAACAACUUUAAUGGUGUCCUUGAGAUUGUCAGUGCUAUGAACUCUGCAGCAGUGUAUAGGUUGGAUCACACAUUUGAGCAAAUUCCAAGUCGCCAGAAGAAGAUUUUAGAAGAAGCUUAUGAACUGAGUGAGGAUCACUAUAAGAAAUACUUGGCAAAACUCAGGUCCAUUAAUCCUCCUUGUGUGCCUUUUUUUGGAAUUUACUUAACUAACAUUUUGAAAACAGAAGAAGGCAACCCUGAAUUUCUGAAGCGACAUGGGAAAGAGCUUAUAAACUUCAGCAAGAGAAGAAAGGUAGCUGAAAUAACAGGAGAGAUUCAGCAGUACCAGAACCAGCCAUAUUGUUUAAGAGUAGAAUUUGACAUCAGAAGAUUUUUUGAAAACCUGAACCCAAUGGGAAACAGCGUGGAGACAGAAUUUACAGAUUAUUUGUUCAACAAGUCACUAGAAAUAGAGCCACGAAAUGUCAAGCCUCCACCAAGAUUUCCUAAAAAGUACAGCUAUCCUCUCAAGUCCCCGGGAGUUCGUCCAUCUAAUCCAAGGCCAGGUACCAUGCGACACCCUACACCCCUGCAACAGGAGCCAAGGAAAAUUAGUUACAGCCGCAUCCCGGAGAGCGAAACCGAAACUACAGCAUCUGCACCAAACUCUCCACGAACACCUUUGACCCCACCCCCUGCUUCUGCUACUUCUAGUACUACAGAUGCCUGCAGUGUGUUCGACUCAGAUCCUUCAAGUCCUUUUCAUGCAAGAUCUGCUUCCGUGUCAUCCAUAAACUUUACCAAAAGUUCAGAUGAAGCUCCUGUUCCCCCUCCAGUUCCUCCACGAAGAAGACCAGAGUCUGCCCCAGCUGAAUCCUCCCCAUCAAAAAUUACUUCUGCGCACCUGGACAGCCCACCAGCAAUCCCUCCUAGACAACCAACCUCUAAAGUGUAUUCACCAAGGUACUCAGUGCCUGACCGGACCUGCAUCUCUGACCCCCCUGAAAGCCCUCCUGUGUUACCGCCACGAGAACCUGUGCGAACUCCAGAUGUUUUCUCUAGCUCACCACUACACCUCCAACCUCCACCGUUGGGGAGAAAGAGUGAACUCGGUAACACCUUUUUCCCAAAUAGUCCCUCUCCAUUUACUCCCCCUCCCCCUCAGACACCUUCUCCACAUGUAGCAAGGAGGCAUCUUCCAUCACCACCUUUGAUACCACAAGACGUGGACCUCCAUUCUGUUGCUGGACCACCCGUUCCUCCACGACAAAGCACUUCUCAACAUAUCCCAAAGCUUCCUCCAAAAACUUACAAAAGGGAGCACACACACCCAUCGAUGCAUCGAGACGGACCGCCUUUGCUGGAGAACGCCCACUCCUCCUGAACUGUCCCUUGCGCUGGGAGUCACAUUUUCCUGGUGCUACGUCUGUUGCUGGCAAUGGAUGCACUGAACCUGGUGGUGCCAAGGAGUUGGGAUGUGUAUGCCAAACACUAAAAACUUUCCAAUAGAUUGGAAAUGCAGUGUACAGAAAUGGAAUCGCAAAAGCGGACGUUGUAGUGGAAAAACCGGUUAACUUGCUGUUCCUCUUUUCGUAUGCAGGACAUUGUUCUAAAGUAAUCGGACAACUGAUUGUACCAGAAAACAGACUUGAGGGACUUCUUUGGCCAAUGUGCAGACUGUGUUUGUGUAAUGAGCUCUAAUAUCCAGUACAGGAAGGAAAACAGUCUGGUAUCCAUCAGUUCCAUACAGUGGCACAGUUUUUGGAAUGAAAACAUUAUGCACUUUUUUUAAAUCUCAAACAGGGAACUUUAUAUCCUUCUUAAUUUUCCUUUGCUUUACUCCCUGCUUUAAAAUACUUUCCUAAAUUUAUGAGAAGGACUGUGAGGAAGAUCUGUGGUACCUAACCGAGUUAGAAUUAAAGCAUAGCACUGUAUUGCGGUCCUGUUUACAAGUUGUUACAAUGAGUAGUAGGGGGUACCUAGGCUUCACCAAAGAGGUACUUUAUUAUUUUUUUCUGAAAUAUUAUGGUGCCAGUUCAAAAUAAAUUUUUGCCGGGAAGCAUAAUGUCUAAUUAUUGCUUUCUUUAGAUAGAGCAGAUGAAAGUCUUACAUCAUUAAGAUGACAGCAAAAUUUAAGAAAAAAGCAGCACUAUCACCUGAAGUAAAUAUACUACUACAUUUAGAAGACUGUUAAUCUCUGCUAGGUUAUGUCACGUUCUUUUUAAGGUUUACUGAUAAUCCAUUUCAUGGCUAGUAGCUAUUCUUCUUCAGUCAUGCCAUGAAAACAGUCACUUGUGAAAAGGAGCACUCACCGGCCAACUUCCAUAGCUAUUGUCAUGUUUUACUAACAAUAGGUUAAUCAGCAUACAUAGAAUUGCCUUGCAGUUGCAGAAAUCAUGUGUAUAUAGUGAAUGUUGCAUAAAUAUACUUGCAGAUUGUUUUUAAUUUAAUUGAAAUAAAGAUACAGAUAUGUUUGGCUGA